UGACCUGAUUUAACUAAAGAAAAUCACAAAGUGCCUUGUAAGCAUUAAAUGUAAGGAGCAAACUCAACAUGUCAAGAUAAUUGGAUGAGCUUUAGCAAGUUUGAUGAGGUGGAGAAAUAUCUUCGAUUUGGGACAUACACAAGUCAUGAUAAAGCUUCAAAAGGUGUUUUAAGAAGGUCUUGUAAGAAGUUUCGUUGGACAGGAGCUGCACUUUGGUACAUAGAUGGUAAACGUCAGCGUAAGGUGCUUCGCAAUGAAGAGGAGGUAAGAGCAGUGCUGGUCGAACAGCAUAACAAUCGUAAACAUGCUGGACGUUCCCGGUGCCUGAAAGCUGUGUCAGAUCUGUAUUACUGGCGCACUAUAACCAAAGACAUCAAUGACUGGAUAGAUAAUUGUAAAGACUGUUCAUAUCCCUCCAACCCAAUAGUGCGCUUACAAUGCAUUGUCCCUGGCUGUGAGAGCUCUGGAUUAAUUGAUAAUGAAGAAGAAAUCACUUUUCACAGGUUUCCUUUUGGUGAUAAGAGCCGGCUCAGCUGCUGGUUGAGCUUCUCUCAUAGAGACCGUUGGUCUAUUCACAGUAGAUCAGCUAUAUGUUCCAGACACUUCACCGAGGACAGUUUUGAGCUAAAUGGAAAUAUUGUCUGUCUUAAACCUGAUGCCGUGCCAACAAUCAACCCAUGUUCCCAGCCGAAGGAGGUGAGUAAUGAAUGCUCGGAUGAUGCCUGUAUGGAAACAGGUAUGGAUGAGCAUCCUUCUGUGGAUGAGGAUCUGGUCCACGUGGAGCAUCCUUAUUCCAAAGCUUCCACUGUGCAGACCGUUACUAAGGGAGGGAAUGUGGACUGUCACCUUCUGAGCUCCAAGUCAGAGCCUUAUUUCAGGAGGUACGAUGCUUUAGAGAAGUACUUGCGGACAGGAUUGUACACCAGUACACCCUACUGCACAAGGUACAAUGUCAGGAGAUGUGCCAAGCGCUUCUGUCUUCAAGAGGGAAUUUUGUAUUACAGGCAUGGUUCCAAGCUUCGUCAAGUUCUCCGAAGCAGGGAGGAAGUGGUUCACGUGCUAAAGGAGCACCAUGACAAACGAGGGCACUUUGGUAUGACCAGAUGUUUGAACUCUGUAUCUGAGCUUUAUUACUGGGGCACUUUGACCCGGGACGUAGAGGAGUGGAUUGGCAACUGCCAGUUCUGCAUGGAGAUGGACGAGACAACACAAAAGUACCGUUGUGCGGUUUACAGCUGCAAUAACUACAACGGGCCUCUGGAGAGGACGCUGGGGCUGACGUUUCAUCGGUUUCCCUUCGAUGACCCUAAGCGUCUGAACCUGUGGAUCAGAAGUGUUCGCAGAGAAAGCUGGCGUCCUCGACCCAGGUCCGUCGUCUGUUCCACUCAUUUCACUGAGGACUGCUUUGAUCACUCUGAAGGGUCUGUUCGUCUCAAGCCUCACGCCAUCCCCACCCUUCUACUCUGUACCUCACAGGAUAAAGAAGUUGAAGAUAGUUUCCAGAGUUUGGCUGAUAAGAGUGGUUGUUCUGAGGCACUGGAAAGUUUUAGUACCCAGCAUGCCUUUUUCACCAAAUAUGAUGCCAUUGAAAAAUACUUGAAUGGAAAAGGCUAUCCACCAGGUCUCACCUCUGUGGAGAAGAACACAUUCAGGAGACUCUGCUCUAGAUUUGCUGUCCAGGACGGCUUCCUGUUCUACCUGUCAGGCAGAGGGAUACAGAAGCAUGGAAGGCGCAGGGUGGUGAGGAGCAGAGAAGAGGUGCAAUCCACCCUCACCGUGUACCACAACGACAUGAACCAUCUGGAAUUUGAGAAGUGCUUGAAGCUAAUUUCACAUCACUUCUUCUGGGGCUCCAUGAGAGCAGACGUGGCUCUGUGGAUUCAACGCUGCCCCCAGUGUUCCAGCUCUGAAGAACUCUCCGGCAUCGAACCCUCUGCUAGUCCUGAGUUCUCUGAGCCUUUGGAGCCAAUGAUGGAACAAAUCAGUCCAGGACUGCCAGUUUCAAUGAACGGGGGAGCAGAAACGGAAAACGAGUUGCAUCUCUCGAUCGCAGAGCUAGCCGCUCAGCAGUGUCUGAUUAUUAGCAGACCUGAAAGUCUAAUUCCAACUCAGCCUGACAGCACUGCUACUGAAGGAGCAGUUACUGCACGAACAGACUCUGUGACAAGCAGCGUCAUUGGUUCUUACCGACUGCAUGAGGAAUGUAUAUCGGAGCGGAGAAGCUGCAGCAUAGGAGCAAGGACUGUUGUUCAGCAGUGCACGCAUGCUUUACUCCAGAUCAAACCUCAGACCUCUGAGUCGGAUUCAGAAUGGGUGGAGAUUCGUGAUGGAUUAGUGAUCUAUGUGAGCUUUUACAAAGGUGCCACUGAGAAGAUUAUCCGAAAAAUGGCGAGCUCCUUGCUCAAUGCAAAGUUCAUCCCCACCAGUAUGGGCAGGCAGGUAUCAGUCAUGGAGCUACCGGGAAGCGUUCUGAUCGUUCCUCAGGACACCAUGACUGGGGUGGUUAAAGGCAGCAGAGUGAUGCACCAUGACGCCGUUGAACGAUGGAAAGGCCUCCACCUCUACAAAAACUUUGUGUCUGAGUGUGAGAAAGAGAUGUCUGCAUCCAAAAAGUGUGUCGAGGCAGGAGUGGCCAUCAGAUACGGAGUCUACGGAAACAUGCAAGCCUUGUACCUGAACAGCAGUGCACCCCUGACUCAUGUAGUCGAGUUUUAAACUGGUGGUUAAAGUCAGCUGGUUUAAAGUUAAAUGUUUUUGUUGGACUUUUGUGUCCCAUGUUCAGUUUGUGCCAGAUUUCUGAUUCCUUUAAUAUGGAACUCCUGGAUGUAAAGCACAUUGUUUUGAUGUUUAUGACUGAAGUCUAAAAAUAUAAAUAUAUUAAGCUGUGUAAUGUAGCUUUUUUAUUGGCUAAAUGAUCGAACAGACAGAAGUAAAAGAUUAAUUAAAGUGGGUGUAACAAACACUUGGUAACCAGUAAUUACCAUAUUUUAGGUAGCUCACAGUUUUCAAACAGUGGGUCAGAUAUGACAUUUGGUGUAUUUUCAACCUAAGUAAAAUCUUUUAAAAGAGUAAAAUGUCAUGAAGUCACUU